UCAUUUAUGCGUUUGUUGUUGUUCGUCAUAACUUCACUGUUUUUUUUUCAAAUUUGAUUUUAACUUUCUGAUACUUAAAAAUUGAAUUACCCUUUCAGUGUUUUUGUGUGAUGAUAAUUUUAUGAAAAGAUCGUUAACCCUAUUUAUAAUGAUCACCAGUUUUGUGAAGAACAAAUUUUAAACAUGAGAUUCACAACCAAGAUUUCAGGAUAUGGAUGGGAUGGUUGAAGAGAAUGGUAGCCACGAAGGCGGUCCUUUGGAUUCGACAAACGGUCCUAAAGCCAUUGCAGUAACUACAUGCGUCCAGUCAGUUAUUCAGCCUAAUCAACAAUCGGUCAUUCAAAGUGCGACGGGUAAUAUUCAACCGACAGUUUUGACCAAAGGUAACGUGAUCCUAGUUAGUAAACCUAAUUCAGUUAUCCAAACGGCACAAGGAAGUUUGCAAACAUUACAAGUAGUUGUUGAAGCCCAUGGCAGUGACGACGACGACAGCCUUUCACCUAGAAGUAAUUUGGAUAAAAAACGCAGAGACAUAUUAUCUCACAGUCCAUCGCGCCGGAAACUUGAAAAUAAUUUAGGAGCCGGAGAAAUAUUUCCGAAACUUGAAUCGUCCGGUUCGGAUUGCGAUUCGAAUUUAGACAGUGAACUUUCUUCACAUUCGAUAUCAGUGUCGAGUCAUUACCAAUCUGUUUUACCAAAUGAAACUUUACACAUGCCUAGUCAAAGUGGCGAAGACGUGCAGGGUUUACCUACCAUUACAAUGACCACUGCAGGAACCACUGCUGGCGGUACCAUUUUACAUUACGCCGGCCAAGAUGGUCAAUUUUUCGUACCAGGUGAAAUUGUAGUCAUGCAGAACCCCAAUAACGAAACAACGAACAGCGGUGUACCCGAAGACCAAGCUAAAAAACGCGAAAUAAGGCUGCUGAAAAAUCGAGAAGCCGCACGAGAAUGUAGGCGGAAGAAAAAAGAAUAUAUUAAAUGUUUGGAAAACAGGGUAGCUGUGUUAGAGGCUCAAAAUAAAGCCUUAAUCGACGAAUUGAAAUCCCUCAAGGAAUUAUACUGUUCGCAGAAAACCGAAUAAAAUUGUGGCAUAUAUUAUAAUAAUUUUAAAGUUGAUUUCUCUGUUCUGUAUGUUAAAAGUAAUUUUUUCUGUUUUUCAAAAUUAACAUUGUUUGUUACGUAUGUGUACAUUUUUUUUAUGUAUUUAUUUAUUUAGUACUGGUUAUUAAUACUUAUGUACAAAGUGUAUCAUGGUUAAGAUUUUGUCUCAUUUCUUUUUCUCUUUUUAUGUUACUUAUUUAAAUAUUUUUGUUCCGAUUUUCCCCUCCUUACGUUUUUUUUUUCUAAUUGUAAAUAAUACAAAAUUUGUAUUUUAAUGGGUGAAGGGAACGAGUAGAUUUACAAGUUAUUUAAUUAAUUUUAACGUGUUAGAAGUAAAUUGUAAUCAAAUUUUUUAUAUUUUAAGUGGUUAAUUGAUGGGGAGACGUGAUUGACUUCUUGUUAUCGUUUCAGCAUGAAUAUGUAUAGUUGAUUGCGGGGCUGAAUUUUUAUAAAUACAUAUUUUUUAAAGCAA